UAGGUUAAACGUACUAAUGAUAUAUAGUAACUAUAGCCGAACCCUAAAAACAGCCGAAACCUAAAAACGAACUCUUUUUCUCCCUAAAAACGAACUCUUUUUCUCUCAGAGAACCGUCUGAUAAUGGACAAAGCCAAUACCAACCGGUCCAAGGUUUGUGGUGGUUCCGGUGAAGCUAAGCUAACUGGGAAGAAGCGGAAGAACGUGAGUGCCAAACAAUCAAAGAAAGAUGCAAAAAAGGAGAAUUCUCAAAUGUUAAAGUGGAGUUCGAAAGAUGAGGUCCUUGUGCUACAAGGUAUGUUGGAUUUCAAAUCUGUAACAGGUAAGAAUCCUGUUGAUGAUAUAAACGGAGCAUACGAAUUCGUCGUCCAUGAAUACAUAAGCACUGUUAUUGACGAAGACUUCAUAGAGAAGAUGAAGAGUUUGAAGAAGAAAUUAAAGAAAAAACAGAGGAUUUACGAUAAAGAUCCGUCUUCUUCGGAACCUCUAUACCAGAAAAGUUCCGAGUGGUUGAAAAUGAUUUGGGGUUAUGAUGUGGAAUCUGCCCUUGAGAAACCAAGGAAGAGUAAGCGGAUUAUAAAGCUUUGA